AGAGAGAGAGAUCCACAUAAAGUUAAUCUUUAGAGUCGGCCGUGAAAUGCAUCACAAUUGAGUUGGGAGAGAGACACAGACCCUCAGCAGAGAAACAGAAGAAGGUCUCAGCAGCAGGAUCGUCCAGCUUCAUCUUCCUCACCGUCUUCCUCGUCCUCCAUCAUGUCGAUUCUUCCUCUGCGCCGUAAAAUGCUGCAGCAGGUCUGGAGGCUGAGAGGCGUCUUCAUCCUGGUGUGCAGCCCGUUCCUGCUGCUGCCCAUGGCAGUCAGCACCCCGGAAGCGGCCUGUGCUUACGUCAUAGCCCUCAUGGCGGUGUAUUGGUGCACGGAGGUGCUGCCUCUGGCGGUGACGGCGCUCCUGCCGACCAUCCUGUUCCCCAUGCUUGGCAUCAUGGAGUCCAAAGACGUGUGCAUGCAGUACCUGAAGGACACCAACAUGCUCUUCGUGGGGGGGCUCAUGGUGGCUGUGGCCGUGGAGCACUGGAACCUACACAAACGCAUCGCACUUAGAGUUCUGCUGCUGGUUGGAGUCCGUCCUGCGCUCCUGAUGCUGGGCUUCAUGGGUGUCACAGCCUUCCUGUCCAUGUGGAUCAGCAACACAGCCACCACUGCCAUGAUGGUUCCCAUUGUCCAGGCCGUCCUGGAGCAGCUCAACGGCAAAGUGGGCCCUGCAGCCUCCUCCAGCAGCCAAAGCCAGUCCCCAACUCUCCAAAAGAAACAUCCCGAGACAAGGUCCAGCAUACCUCCAACCAGUGAGUCGGGUAUUUCAGAAGAAGCUGUGAGAGGACAGGUGCAGACGCCAGGCAGUUCAGAAGAAACCAAACUGUCACCUGGGCAGGAAGUGAUGUCACAGGACCCCAAAGAUGAAGAGGCUGUAAAACCAACACCUCAAGACAAACCCCCAUCAGACCACAGCAGAGCAGUGGUCCUGAACCUGGGAAACGCCGGCACCGACACGGAGCUGGAAGAACUCACCGACGAGGAAGACGAGACCAGAAGGGUCAGCAAAGGCCUCCUGCUGUGUGUGUGCUAUGCUGCCAGCAUCGGAGGGAUCGCCACCCUGACAGGAACCGGACCAAACCUGGUGCUGGUGGGACAGAUGAGCCAACUCUUCCCACAGAACGGUGAUGUCAUCAACUUUGCAUCGUGGUUUGUGUUCGCCUUCCCCACCAUGGUGCUGAUGCUGGCGCUGGCCUGGUUCUGGCUGCAGUUCCUCUACAUCGGCAGCAACCUGUGGAGCAUGUGGGGCUGUGGUUCGGUCCCGUCUGAGAAAGAGAAGGCGGCAUACGAGGUGAUCAGGGAGGAGUACGACCGACUGGGGCCCAUGAGCUACGGCGAGGGCAGCGUCUUGGCGCUCUUCGUCCUUAUGGUGGUGCUGUGGUUCACCCGAGAUCCCCGUUUCAUGGAUGGCUGGGCCACCCACACCUUCAACGCCAACGCUGAGUUCGUCACGGACGCCACCGUGUCGUUGUUUGUGUCCAUGCUGCUGUUCGUCCUGCCCUCAGAGCCGCCGCUGUACCUCUGCUGCUGGAAGAGCUGCGACUCAGGUGAGCAGCGCUGCAGCCGAGUGGCACUCCGCCUCCAACAGGUUCAGACAGGUUAUUGUGUCUCUGUCCAAUCAGAGAGCCAGGCUUCUCCAGGCCCCGCCCCUCCUCUGCUCACCUGGCAGGUGACUCAAAAGAAGAUGCCCUGGAACAUCGUGCUGCUGCUGGGAGGCGGUUUUGCUCUGGCCAAAGGAAGCGAGGUGUCCGGCCUGUCUCAUUGGCUCGGUACUCAGAUGACCCCGCUGCACUCCAUCCCCCCGUGGGCCAUCGCCAUCAUCCUCUGCCUCCUCAUCGCCACCUUCACUGAGUGUGCUAGCAACGUCGCCACGGCAACCCUCUUCCUGCCUAUUCUCGCCUCCAUGUCGCAGUCCAUAGGCAUGAACCCGCUGUACGUCAUGAUCCCUUGCACCUUGAGCGCCUCCUUUGCCUUCAUGCUGCCAGUGGCCACACCCCCAAACGCCAUUGUCUUCUCUUCUGGGUUCCUCAAAGUGUCUGACAUGGCAAAGACAGGCGUGGUCAUGAACAUCAUUGGGAUUGGCUGCAUCAGUCUGGCCAUCAACACCUGGGGGCGUGUCCUGUUCUCUCUAGACUCCUUCCCUUCGUGGGCCAAUGUCACCACACCAGAGUAGAGCCAACAACCUCCUACCAACCCAGAAUAUGGUGUUUGAAACACGGACUCAGUUCUUUCAGCUUCUCCAGAGAUCCACAAAGUUACUGAGUUAUUGAAGGUCAAACCUGCUCAGUCACAUUAUUUAUGAGUGGAAAAUAAUAGUAGAUAACACAAAGAGCAAAAACAAUCCACAUUUAAUAUAAACUAGCAAAUAAAAACAGAACUUCUGACCUGUCCGGAGUGAACCCCACCUUCACCCAACCAGAGCUAUGUUAGGCUCCAACAACCCCGUGACCCAAUGAGGGAUACAGUGGGUUAAGAAAAGGGACGGACGGAUGGAUGGAUGGAUGGAUGGAUGGAUGGAUGGCAAAUACAAACAUUUUAAUAAUGAAAUCUAAAUUUCAUGCAGAUCUAUUUGGUUUUGACUUCCCUCACAGAGACUGUGUGCCUACAUGACAUUUUUAAGUAGAAACUGUAGAGAAGUAUAAAAGUAUUUACUCAAUUUACUGUUCACAAACCUUUUAACCAAAAACGAUGGACAAGACUUUACAGUUUUUAAUCUAAGUGUCUUUUUAAAGCAGCAGAAGAAACCUUCUCUAAAGUAAAACAUGUCUAUUGUUCUUAGAGGACAGUGAAGUUCUCAGUGAACCUUCAUUUCAGCAGCUCAGUCAGUUCAGAACCAGUUCACUUCAGGAAAUGAAGUUUGGGUUGGAGCCUGUUCAUGUUUUCUCAUAGAAACCAGUUUCUCCGAACUGUGAAGACGUCUUGAGUUGCAGUGGUUUGAAUCUGUGGAUUAUUAUGGAGGUUUUCAGUUAUAUAUAAAGCUAUUGAGGUAUCUGUUUGUGUGUGUUUAUGUGUGUAUGAAUGAGUGUGUUGUGUACAUAUGUAACUUCCUGUUUUGUACAACCCUGUUGCUAACUCCUUUACUUGUUAAUAAAACAUUAUCACUCAAACA